AUGAACUCUACUGAACAGAAAUCAAGAGAAAUUGAUGAAAUUAUUUUAAAUCAAGUAUUAGAACUUGAGCCAAAUAAUUUAAAUGCAAUAAAUAUCUGUGGAAAAAUUUACUUAAAAUUGAAUAAAUACCAAGAAGCAUUCGUAGAUUUAAAUAAAGGAUUAAAAGUUGAGCCAAACAAAAAUGAUCCAAAUAAUGUUAGAUUAUUGUUGAUUCGCAGAUUAAUUUUUAUGAUUUUAGUUCAAAAUCAAGAAUCUUUAGAUGAUUUUACAAGUGCAUUAGGAAUAAAGCAAACCAACUUAGGAAUUCAUUUAAAUAAAGCUUUGGAAGUUUCUCCCGAUGAUAGAAUAACCUUGGCUCGUCGUGCAGAUGCAUAUCGUGUAUUGGAACGUCAAUGCUUUGUUAGAAACUGA